GACACUGUAUUGUGAGUGAAAUCUGCCACAGUAACACUCACCCUUUUGCACGCCAUAGCAAGUCUCAAGACGGACAGUGAAAAAAAAAAUGCAACCAAAAAGGAAAUGUAGAGUUUUAACAACAGACUCUAGGAUGCUGUGGCUGAUCCUGGCGUGUGUCGCUGGCUGCUCGGUAGCUCGAGCGCCACCAGACGAUCCAAACCCAGGCACACAGCCAAAUGUGGUCUACUACAACCAAAUCAACACCAGCGCCAACAGCACUUACCAGCGAAAUGUGGUGGCUGUCAUGGAGUUCCUCUACAAGAACAAUCCCCCAGACGGCUAUGCAACGAGCCUUGGCUAUGGCGGCUUCCCAAACGCUGUCUACGCGCACAGUGGCUGCUACAACAUGUCCGACCAGCCGAGCUGUGGACAGUGCAUCCAGAACGCCUACACGAACAUCCAAAGUGUUAAUCUGUAUGCCGUUGGUGGUGCGAUUUGGAUCAACCAAACCUUUCAAAGGUGCCGCAUGAGAUACGAUCCUUCCAGCUUUGAGAUCGUUCCUGGUACUUUGGGCAUUGUGGGUCCAAACAUUUCAUCUCCAGCUCCAGCACCAGGUCCAGGUCUAGCUUUAGGUCCAGAUCCAGAUCCAGAUCCAGCUCCAGCUCCAGCUCCAGCUCCUCCAGAUCCAGCUCCAGCUACUGGCAAGCAAAAUGCUGGGACGAGAAAUGGCGUGAUAGCUGGUGCUGUGGUGGGAGGAGCUGUGUUUUGUUUUGUUUGUGCUGUUCUUGGGUUCUUCUUGUUAACAAGGCGAAGAAGAGAAUCGGAGAAAUCGGAGAAAUGCGAAGACUUUGGGAUCAUCAAGGGUCUCCAUGUGGUCUUUUCUUACAAGGAUUUGUGUGCGGCGACCAGGGGGUUCUCUGUGGAAAGCAAGCUCGGUCAAGGUGGAUUUGGAACCGUUUACAAGGCCACCUUAAACAAUGGCUCGCAAGUAGCAGUGAAGAAGCUCUCGUUGCAGUCCAACCAAGGCAACAGAGAGUUCGUGAACGAGAUCACCAUUAUCACAGGAAUCCAACACCGAAAUCUUGUAAGGCUCAAAGGCUAUUGUGUCGAGGCAGAUGAAAGGCUGCUCGUCUACGAGUUCCUCAACAAAGGCAGCCUUGACCGAGCGCUCUUCAGUUCUGGAUCAAAUGUGGUCCUUGACUGGCACUCACGCUUUCAAAUCGCCAUUGGGAUAGCUCGGGGUCUUGCUUACUUGCACGAGGAGUCUCAUGUUCAGAUUAUCCACAGAGACAUCAAAGCCAGCAACAUCCUCUUGGACGACAAGCUGCAGCCAAAGAUCUCCGACUUUGGGAUAUCAAAGCUCUUCGACUUGGACAAAGGCUUCGGCUUCACGAGCACAAAGGUGGCCGGCACACUUGGAUACAUGGCACCCGAGUACGCAACUCGCGGGCGAUUGACGACCAAAGCUGAUGUCUUCAGCUAUGGAAUCCUCGUCCUGGAGAUCGCCAGCGGCAGAAAGUGCGUGGAUCCGGCAUUGCCAGCCGAAGAAGAGCUCUUACUUCAACUGCUGCAGUCUUGGAAACUCGUCAUGGCAAACAGGAUGAGUGAAUGCAUUGACAAGAGGCUGGGCGGUGACUACGCGGUGGAGGAGGUUUCUAGACUGCUCCGUGUUGCCAUGCUGUGUACGCAAGAACAUGAGGAAGCUCGACCAACAAUGAGUGACGUUGUGGCCAUGUUGCUGGGAUAUCUCGAGAUUGGCGCUCUUCCCACUCAAGCUCCCUUUCACUUUGGCCAGGUAAUGAGCUCCUCAACGAGUACAAGUAGCGAUUACUUGAAUUCCAUGGACAUGCCGCGUUGAGCAAAAGUGUCGGAAGUUUCCGGACUCUGCCGACUUUAAGAUCUUGUCCAAGUCGUCUCAAGCUGAGGAAAUAAAGAAGAAAGGUACGCUGAAGCUGGAUCGAACACAUUUUACUAGAGUUUCUCUUAAACCAUCGUGUUAGCUUGCAAUCUUGCAACC